AUUUCUUGUGGUGAGAAAAGAGAAAUGGCGGCUACUAUUUGUUUGUCUUCUUCAAAGAAUGGUGGUGAGAAAGAGGAAGAAGAUCAUGAAUUGUCUUCUCCACAUGUGCUAGCCGUUGAUGACAAUUUGGUUGAUCGUAUGAUUGUUGAAAGACUUCUCAAGACCUCAUCUUGCAAAGUGACUACUGCAGAGAAUGGGUUGAGAGCGUUGGAGUAUUUGGGUUUGGGAGAUGAUCCACAACACAACCAUCAAAAUAUCAAUGGAUCAAAGGUGAAUAUGAUCAUUACAGAUUACUGCAUGCCAGAAAUGACAGGUUAUGAACUUCUCAAGAAAAUCAAGGAAUCAUCAAAUAUGAGAGACAUACCUGUUGUGAUCAUGUCAUCCGAAAACAUACCGACUCGGAUCAAUGAAUGCUUGGAGGAAGGAGCCCAAAUGUUCAUGUUAAAGCCUCUCAAACAGGCUGAUGUGAAGAGGUUAAGAGGCCAAUUGAUGCAAUGCAGAGGCUAACAACAACCACCAUGACAGCAUUGAUCACCCAUCAAUUUUUUACUAUAAUCCUAUGAUAAACUCUGUUUAUCAAUGAUUUCACUUUUAGAUAGCAAACAAUCAUUCUUUGUGUUUGCUCAUUAUCCCUUGAGUUUAUCCUUACUGUUAGGGGACCUGGAGUAAAAGGAAAAAUAGAGCUACCAUACAUCCAAUUAGGGUGAUCUUUCUACAUUUUUUCUACUCACAAAUUACAGAUGGUUUUCUUAGUUUCAGAGUCAGCUUCAUUAUGUAAAUCAAGGGGAUAAAAUAAUACUCCUCCG